CCUCCGGGUCUCGCCGUGCGACCCUUCCGGGACACCGUCGCCCGCGCGUCGGCCUCGGACUGCGGCGGCGCCCUUCCUCCGCGACAUGGCCGACUCGGAGGCUGAGUGGAUAACCAUUGCCAAUAACCUUCUUUUUAAAUGUCACAUACAUCUAAGGAUACAUGAGCUUGAAGAUUGUGAUGCUAAUGUUUUUAUUGCUCUUUAUCAAUCUAUUCUGGGAGAAAAGGUACCAGACCUCGUAGCUGUUCCCAGGAAUCCAGAGGAUGAUGCCCACAAUGUACAGGCUGUGAUUGAUUCUCUGGCCUUGGAUUACCUGCAGGUCAGCUUGUCUCACAUAACAGGAGAAAAUAUAGUGAGAGGAGAUAAAGAAUCUAUUAAGAAUCUCCUAGAAAUAUUUGAUGGGCUGCUGGAGUAUCUUACAGAACACAUCAGUGAAACAUCUCAUGAGAAAAGUGAAACCGAACAGUAUUUUAAAGAAUCACAUCGAGGAGGACCGUUGGAAGAGCUAGAAAGUUCUAAGGAAUCCAAAUCAUCAAAAAGAGUUUCUUUUGAAAGGUGCUCUUCGUCUGAGACGCUGGGCCGCUCUUGGGAUGAAGAUGAAGCAGAAUCCACUGGUGAAGUAAUUAGACUUGGAGACACAGCACACACCUUUUCUCUAAGAAGUAAUGGUGCUCAAGGUCCUAAUGAAAUUCAGUCUAAAAAGGCCUCAACGUCUCCAAGUUCUAAGUCACGUGAUGAUGUGUUGGACCCUUCCUCAUCUAGUUUUUUGUCCAAGAAUAGGACAUCCUUCGUUGAAGACCCGGAAACCCCUUCUGGGAGUGUGGUUCCAAGUGCCAGGAAGCUAGGGGAGCCUAUCCGAGCAGCCAUUCCUUUACAUCCGCCCUACCACCCUUCAGAACCUCGAGCACCCUGCCCCAUCGGGAGAGAGUACUUGCGAUCAAGUCACUGCUCUCCUGCUGCAAAUUCUGCCAGAGAGCACACGACGUUCUCUGUGGAACCAGAUGAUAGAGUUUUAUUAACUUCCCAGUUGCCUAAAGAUAGCACACAGGAAAUGUGUACAGCUCAGAUCCAGGGCCUGAGGACAAGGAAGCUUCCUAAAGGAAAAAGAAAUGAAAACAGAGCCGCAGCCUCAUCCUGGGAUUUGCCUUUCUCCCAGAGGCCAAGCGGGAGGUUAACAGAACAAGAAUUACACGCAGUAUCCAAGAAGCUCUCUCAACGGCUCUCUGAGCUAGACUGGAUGUUAAAAAGUGCCUUGGGUGAUCGAAUUAAAAAAAAGAUGGAUCCUAAAGAAGAUAGUGGGACUGAAGCGGUGGAGAGUGGAAAGGAAGAGACCCUGUCUCAGCACAGUGACAGCAUCAUGGAGUAUGGGCCAAAGAAGCUGAGGCCAGGACUUUCUGUGCAUAGGAAGCCACCGUACAGAUCUCAUUCACUCUCUCCUCCAGUUAAUAAACACAAACAGUUCCACAGAGAGAGGAAAGAGCAGCGCAAGCCAAAAGAAACAGCACUCCGCCAGUUCCAAGCAAAGGCACUAAGUGAAGCAUUUGAAAGGGAACUAAGAAGACAUAAAGUUCAAGAGAAUGUUGGAUCUCUGAGGAUAAAUGAGGAGGAGGAGGAAACAGAAAAAACACACAGAGAAGCUGUUCAUAAAGGAACUAAACAUAGUCAGCCCUGGAAGACUUACUCGAGAAAAACCACAACUCGGAGUCCAAGAGGUGGCUUCCCGAUGCCAAAUAAAGCAGUUCCAAUGAAGGUGGAUGAGCACAGUCUCCUGCCCCUCAUGCUGGAGCACUUUCCGUUCCUCUAUGUUUCUGGCCCAACACUAAGCAAAAUGUGGAAACAGCAAGUUGCACAGGUUGAACAGCUCAGAAAAGAUGCAUACAGAGAAAACCGAUCAAAGAAGAAACUCCAGGAUGAGAUCGAAGCAGCCCUGAGAAGGCAUGACCUCCUCACUGCCCUUGUCAAGAAAGAAUACGAACACAACAAGAGACUGCAAGAGUUUAAGGACCGCAUUCACAGACAGAAGUUGACCCAAUCAAAGAUAAAAGAAAAUCGCCAGCAAAUUGUUCGUGCCCGAAAGUAUUAUGAUGAUUAUAGAGUUCAGUUGCGGGCAAAAAUGAUGAGAAUGAGGACCCGGGAAGAGAUGAUAUUUAAGAAACUGUUUGAAGAAGGUUUACAAAUUCAGAAGCAAAGAUUACGAGACCUAAGAAACUAUGCUAAAGAAAAGCGAGAUGAAGAAAAGAGACAGCACCAGAAUGAACUGGACUCGAUGGAGAACUACUAUAAGGACCAGUUUUCAUUACUGGCAGAAGCCAUCUCACAGGAACGUCAAGAACUCAAAGCCAGAGAGAAAUCUCAAGCCCAGACGCUGCAGAAGGCGAAGAGAGAGCUGAGAGCCAAGAUGGAGCGAGAAGUCCAGCAGCUGCAGCACAUGAUCACACAGGACGACGACGACGCCUUCUUCCGGGAGCUGGAGGCCGAGCGCUUCAGGUCUCGGCUGCAGCUGGCCUCCUUUCAGUACAAUUUAUUUAUUUGAAAGUCAGAACUACACAGGGAGAGGAAGAGAGGCAGAGAAAGAGAGUUCUUCCAUCUACUGGUUCAAUCCCCAGUUGGCCGAAACAGUCGGAGCUGGGCCAAUCCAGUGCCAGGAGCUUCUUCCAGAUCUCCCUGACGGGUGCAGGGGCCCAAGGACUUGGGCCAUCCUCCACUGCUUUCCCAGGCCAUAGCAGGGAGCUGGAUUGGAAGUGAAGCAGCCGGCACUGCAGGCGGCGGCUUUACCACCAUGCCACAGCACUUGUCCCGUUAAUGCUAUUUUUCAUGAGGCUCCUCAGGUUUCUGACCAACAGAAAGCAAAUGAAAUGAUGAUAAACUCGGAAUGGGAGGAUGUUGAAAUUCAGUUGCUGUGGGGAGAGAGAAUUCUAUAUGAAUCAAGCCAGUUUGCUCAUCAUAAACACAUGCUUUUAAAAUGUUAUUUAGAAACUGAUGUAAGAAAUAUAUUUAAAAUAAAG